GCAUGCCAUGCGAUUUAUAGCAGCGCGGGACCUGCAUCGAGGUACGGACAUGAUGCUAAUUACGACGGCCUAGCCUGUAAAUAUCCGCCGCCCUCCGCAGCGGCAUCCUCAGGUCUGGACCUCUGCUGCAUCUUUUCGCUUACCGUCCCUGCGCAUCACGCGCAUUGCCUACAUACGUGCCUGCUUGCCUGCUUGUAUUGUAUUCUCUGGGCCAGCUCUUGUUCCUCCAGGCGCUGGCUGCUGUUAUACAUGCACAAGCACCCCGGCCGGGGAAGAUCCAUGGUACCGCGCCACGCUUGAAACAUGGCAGACACCGUUAUCCCCAGAAUCAGCUCCUCCACACUCGACGGGCCCAUGACCAACAAGAAACUCGUCGCAAAGCUACGAAGUCCCACGUCGCCGCCCGCCCAGCUGUCGAGCGAUUCACAAAAUGGCCUCCUGGGCGAGGCAAUCGCUUUGGCUGAGACGCCCAUAGACCCGCUCUCGCAACAAAUCCUCCAGAGAACGAAUACAUCGCCUGCCGCCCAGAAGCUGCGCUCGCAGAAUACAGACGCCGUCUCAGCGAGCCAGGCACCGACUUCGCCAAAUGAAGUGGGCGGGGAGAACAAGGCUAGCGGGGAGACGCUUCGCGAUGCCGUGGGCACAAAGGCCGACAAGAAGAAAGUUUCCUUCCUGAGUCGGUUCAUGGGCAGCAAUAAAAGGAAGAGCACCGUCGAGGGUACAAGUGACAAUGGUUCCGAAACAGGCGACUUACGACAAGAGGGAAUGGAUGCCCAGCUCUACGUCGACAAUUACAGCUUCAGUCCCAAGAUCCCGCAGCCCCCGGCAUACAUCAAAGUAAGGGCCAAGUUCAAGAAAGACAAGGAGUUUGAUCGUCUUUUUCUCGCGCAAGAACUGCGCGCUGGCGCCGUCAAGAAGAGCCCGCCGGCUGCUGGGUCGAAUCCUGCACCGCAGUCUGGGUCCGCAGCAAUACAGAAUCCCAUCUGGGCCGUCGAGUUUAGUAAAGAUGGAAAGUAUCUUGCUGUCGGGGGGCAGGACAGGGUGAUUCGGGUCUGGACAGUGAUAGACAGUCCCCAGCGCCGUCAAGCACAUGAAGACAGCGAAAGCGAUCCGCAUGCGCAUGAUGGAGAGGGUAGCCGUCUUAGCGCGCCAGUCUUUCAACAGCAACCCAUUCGGGAGUAUCAUGGACACACGUCAACGAUCCUGGACUUGAGUUGGAGCAAGAACAACUUUCUUUUGUCCUCGUCCAUGGACAAGACAGUGCGCCUGUGGCAUAUCAGUCGAGAUGAGAAUCUCUGCACAUUCAAGCAUUCCGACUUUGUUCCGUCGAUACAGUUUCACCCCACGGAUGACCGCUUCUUUCUUGCAGGGUCUCUGGACGCUAGACUGCGCCUCUGGAGCAUCCCGGACAAGAGUGUGGCGUAUUCGACUACGCUCCCAGACAUGAUUACAUCGGUUGCUUUCACGCCUGACGGAAAGACGUCCAUAGCCGGCACGCUCGGUGGUCUUUGUCUCUUCUACGACACGGAUGGCUUGAAGUGGCAGGCGCAACUCCAUGUCAAGUCAACCAGAGGCCAAAAUGCAAAGGGAAGCAAGAUUACCGGAAUCAAAACGACGUAUUGGCCGCCGGGAAGCGAGGAUGGAGAGGUGAAGCUGCUGGUAUCCAGCAACGACUCGAGGCUGCGGGUAUACAACCUCAAAGACAAAACGCUCGAGAUGAAGUUUCGUGGACAUCAAAACAAUUGCAGCCAGAUUAGAGCAAUGUUUGCCGACAGCAGUGGACACAUUGUUUGUGGAAGCGAGGACCGUAAAACGUACAUUUGGUCAAUGUCUGCGAUAGAAGGCGAGAAGAGGGAUCAGCGGCCGGUGGAAAUGUUUGAAGCUCACAACUCAAUCACCACAUGCACUGUCAUUGCACCCAUGCAGACACGGCAACUGCUGAGCGCCUCGGAAGAUCCAAUCUUUGAUCUCUGCAAUCCGCCUCCGGUUACUCUGGUUUCAAAGGCGGAAUCCGUGGUAUCGUCGCGAGCACCUACGGAGGGAGGGUCAGUACAUCUGGCAGUUACGCCCAACGAGACACAUUUCAAGAAGGUGGUUGAGAGUCCGGCCUACAUUGCACGCUCGGCACAUCGCGCAGGCAACAUUAUCGUUACAGCAGACUAUACUGGGGCGCUCAAAGUGUUUCGACAAGAUUGCGCCUUCCACAAGCGCACAAAACUGAGUGAACAGUUGGAUACAAUGGCAGCGAAGCGAUUAUCAGGCAUCGGACGACCUAGCAGCGUGAUCUCGCGUAACAGUCGCACGCGGCGAGACAGUGUGUCGACUCAGCCGCCCAACGAUCGCAUCAUGACAUGGCGCCAAGACAUAUCCAACGGCAGCAUCCACUCAAGCAACUCUAUUUCUCAUCGCAGCGCUUCGCCACGGAAAUCGCUCGCCACACUGAGUUUGAAUUCGACGCCACAAUCCCAGUCCCACUCGCCCGUCCUACGUCCUACCCACCCGAGCGACACACCCGAUACCAGGCCUGGCGAUACACCCGAAACAUCAGUUUCCAUAGCCCGUAGUACUUCUCUACGAAGUGCAUCGCAAUCCGAGGCCUCUACUCCUAUCAAAGAGUCACUACACCAUGAAGAUGAUGAUGGUGAUGAUAACGUCCUUGGCAUCAACACCACUCCAGAUGGCAAUCAUCUCGACCACAAUCCGCUUGCAGUGUACAAUGGACAAAGCUGGUUGUUCUGGAAGAACAAUGUAAAGAAACCCAUGUCUACUUCGAAGAACAACAGUAACACAGAUUUGCUGGGGCGAAAUAGUUCGUCGAGUCAGGUCAGUAGGUUGACUGCAGAGCGAGACGACGGGUCGUUUGAGGACGGGCGGUGAUAUAGGUUGCGGUUGUAGGGAUUCAUGGAUGUUUUUAUUGGGUACUGUAAUGGGAACAACGAAGUGGAUGAUUGUCUACUUUUGCGUAUUGAAGUUCGGAAACAGCGCAGUGUCCUGCUCAACCAAACCAACAUUAGAACAAUA